AUGGCUCGCGGACCGAAGAAGCACCUCAAGCGCUUGAACGCGCCCAAGCACUGGAUGCUCGACAAGCUCGGGGGCGUGUUCGCCCCCAAGCCCUCGCCGGGUCCGCACAAGCAGCGCGAGUGCCUGCCGCUGUGCCUCAUCCUUCGCAACCGAUUGAAGUACGCGCUGACGUACAAGGAGGUGACGACGAUCUUGAUGCAGCGAUGCGUCAAGGUCGACGGGAAGAUUCGCAUGGACAAGUGCUUCCCGUGCGGGAUCAUGGACGUCGUCUCCAUCGAAAAGAGCGAUGAACACUUCCGGCUCAUCUACGACACCAAGGGACGAUUCGUUGUGCACCGCAUCGAGGCUGUCGAAGCGCAGUACAAGCUGUGCAAGGUGAGGAGCAAGAAGCUCGGGGACAAGGGCGUGCCGUGCGUCGGUUUGCACGACGGCCGCACCAUUCGUUACCCGGAUCCCGUGAUCAAGGAGGGUGACUCCGUUAUGGUCGACAUCGCGACGAACAAGAUCACCGAUUCGGUCAAGUUCGACGUCGGCGCUCUGUGCAUGAUCACCGGUGGUCACAACGCCGGUCGCGUCGGGGUGAUCCAACGCCGCGAGAAGCACAUCGGUUCCUUCGAAAUUGUGCACUUGAAGGACGCCGCCGGUCAAGAGUUUGCGACGCGCGCGACGAACGUGUUCGCCAUCGGUACGGGCAACAAGCCGAUGAUCUCUCUUCCCAAGGGCAAGGGUAUCAAGCUCUCCAUCGUCGACGAACAAAAGCAGUAA